AUGAUGUUCACCUACUGCAAGGAGUAGAGAUCGCACUCCAAGGCUAUGCUGAAGAGCAAUUAAGAGAGCAAAAAAAUACAGACAACAAAGCCCCCACAUCUUGGCAUUUUUAAAGAAUAGUUAACAGAGACAAAGAUGGAGAAAUAGGAGGUCCCCAGCCAUCAUCCCCCUACAGAAGCAACAAUUUUCCAGCCACCCAUGGACAAAAGUGCCUUUGUGGGAGCCUUGGGAUCCAGAAAAACUCAUCAAAAUGGAGACCUGCAAAUAAGAGGAGGAAGAGGGAGGACAGAGAGCACAGAAAUCUUCCAAGUGGCUUCAGUGACAGAAGGGGAGGAGUCACCACCUGCCAUUUGCAUGAUCUUCAAAAUCCAGGUAAGAAACACAGUGAAGAACUCAUCUACUGCAAGCUUGGCCCCAUCCAUCGGUACCAAUGAAGAGAGACAAAUCAGGAUAGAAAGACAUCACUACCGUCUCUAUGGUCAGUGAUAUUAUGG